UUCAGCCUUCCAAGGUGUUCUCCUAGUCAUAAUAACACAAAUAAUAUUGCUGUGUCUCCUACACAGUGGUUCAAAAUAACUGGUGCAGGCAAUGGUAUCGGUCGGGAGCUGGCGAUUCAGUUAGCCGAGCUCGGCGCUACCGUGAUCUGCUGGGACAGCGACUCGAGGCGGAACAACGCUGUCAUGGACGAGAUCAGAAGGAAAGAUGGAGAGUGCCUUGGCUACACGGUAGACGUGACGGCUAGGGAGCAAGUCUGCGCUAUGGCGGCCGCCAUGCGCAGGAGAGUCACCGACGUCACCAUGCUCAUAUCCAACGCCGGGGCCCUCAAGUGCGCCCCGCUGAUGAGCCUCAAGCCGGAGUCUAUCGUGAAGUUGGUCGAGAUCAACUUGCUUGCACAUUUUUGGCUGAUCCAAGCAUUCCUCCCAAGCAUGGUGGAGAGGAGACAUGGACACAUAGUGGCCAUAAACUCCAGUGCGGGGUUGAUACCAUGCGCUGAUAUGAUACCGUACAGCGCUGCUAAAUAUGGACUAAGAGGCUUAAUGGAAUCUAUCAGCGAGGAACUGCGCCUGGAUACGUGGACUAAGAACAUUAACACGACGUCGGUAUACAUGUCCGCGGUGUCCACGGGGAUCUGCCCCACCACACACCGGUUCACGUCCUGGCACAAGGAGGUGACGGCCCAAGAAGCAGCUAAGAUUAUUAUAGAUGGAAUCCGCAAGAACCACAAAACAAUCUGUAUACCUUGGUUCAUGAAAUUUCUCAUGGACUUUUUGAACCUUCUCCCGUACCGCAUAAGGAUCAUUUUCACCGAUUUCUUCAACUUCAGUCACAGAGGCUGGUUUUGUUACUGUUAAAUGAUGUUUCUUAGAUUAAUUUGUAUUUUUAUGCUUAUGUUUAACUAUAUAAAUGAAGGCUUAUUGUU